CGGAUUCCUAAUUGCAGUCCCAAUUGCAAUUGAGUUCUAGGGUUUAAAGAUUUUCAUUUCAGAUGUCCAAGCGAAAGUAUGGAUUCGAAGGCUUCGGCAUCAAUCGCCAGCCCACCUACAACUUCGAUCGAUCCCAACCCUCCCAGCGUUUAUACGUUCCUCCUUCCUCUCGCGCCGGCGGUGACGACGACGCCGACCUUGACAAUAUUGAAUAUGCAGAAGACCGCGACGCAUCGAACGACAACAACGGCGCUGCUGCUACUUCUGCUGGCGAUGAAGAUGAAGUUGAUCCUCUGGACGCCUUCAUGGAAGGGCUACAGGAGGAGAUAAAGGCCGCGCCGCCCCCAAAGGCCAAGGAAAAGUUCGACAAGUAUAAGGAUGAUGUGGAAGAUGAUCCAGUGGAAAGCUUUCUCAAGUCCAAGAAGGAUUUGGGCCUGCAAUUGGCUGCGGAUGCCUUGCACGCCGGGUAUAAUUCGGAUGAAGAGGUUUAUGCGGCAGCCAAGGCAGUGGAUGCGGGGACGCUUGAGUACGAUUCUGAUGAUAAUCCUAUAAUUGUUGACAAGAGGAAGAUUGAGCCAAUACCUGCACUUGAUCACAGCGCAAUUGACUACGAGCCCUUUAAUAAGGAUUUCUACGAGGAGAAGCCUUCCAUCUCAGGCAUGAGCAACCAGGAUGUUGCUGAUUACCGAGCAAGCUUAGCUAUCCGUGUUUCGGGCUUUGAUGUUCCAAAGCCGAUUAAGGUUUUUGAUGAUUGUGGGUUUUCUGUUGAGCUUAUGAAAGCCAUAGCUAAGCAAUCAUAUGAAAAACCCACACCAAUACAAUGCCAAGCUUUACCUAUUGUGUUAUCCGGACGAGACAUAAUUGGGAUAGCAAAAACUGGCUCUGGAAAGACAGCUUCUUUUGUACUUCCUAUGGUUGUUCAUAUUAUGGAUCAACCUGAGCUUGGAAAGGGAGAGGGUCCCAUUGGCGUGAUAUGUGCACCCACCAGGGAGCUUGCACACCAAAUAUACCUGGAAGCUAAAAAAUUUGCUAAAUCCCAUGGUAUCCGUGUCUCUGCAGUGUAUGGUGGAAUGUCCAAACUUGAUCAAUUCAAGGAGCUUAAGGCGGGAUGUGAGAUAGUCAUUGCUACUCCUGGGAGAUUGAUAGACAUGAUCAAGAUGAAGGCACUGACCAUGUCGAGAGCCUCGUAUUUAGUACUUGAUGAGGCAGAUCGAAUGUUUGACCUUGGUUUUGAACCACAAAUAAGGUCAAUAGUAGGCCAAAUAAGGCCAGACCGCCAGACAUUGCUGUUUUCAGCAACUAUGCCUCGAAAAGUUGAAAAACUUGCAAGGGAGAUUCUCUCUGAUCCAGUAAGGGUAACUGUGGGAGAGGUUGGUAUGGCUAAUGAGGAUAUCACUCAAGUUGUUGAAGUGAUCCCCUCUGAUACUGAAAAGAUGCCCUGGCUACUUGAAAAGCUUCCUGGACUGAUAGAUGCGGGGGAUGUUCUGAUUUUCGCUUCAAAAAAGGCCACAGUGGAUGAAGUUGAAUCAAAACUAGCUGAAACGGGUUUUAGAGUCGCUGCACUUCAUGGUGACAAAGACCAGGCUUCUCGCAUGGACAUAUUGCACAAGUUUAAGUCCGGAACAUACCAUGUUCUUAUUGCCACUGAUGUUGCUGCUCGUGGUCUUGACAUAAAGUCCAUUAAGUCUGUUGUGAACUUUGAUAUAGCUAAGGACAUGGACAUGCAUGUACAUAGAAUUGGAAGGACAGGUCGUGCUGGUGACAAAGAUGGGACCGCGUACACUCUCAUAACACAGAAGGAAGCAAGAUUUGCAGGUGAAUUGGUGAACAGUUUGAUUGCUGCUGGUCAAAAUGUUUCCCCGGAGCUCAUGGAUCUGGCUAUGAAGGAUGGAAAGUUCAGAUCCAAACGAGAUGCACGGAAAGGAGGUGGAAAAAGAGCGAAAGGAAGGGGAGGUGGUAAAGGUGUUCGAGGUGUGGACUUUGGUUUGGGCAUUGGGUAUAAUCCAGAAUCAAAUGCUGGUGCAUCAAAUGCGGCCACACCCAGUCGUUCUGUAGCAGUUAAUUCUCUGAGGACGGGGAUGAUGGCACAGUUCAGGAGCAACUUCGUUCCUGCAUCAACAAACUCUCAGAAUCAAUCAAUGCAAAACAGCAGCUCGCAAGGCAAUAGAAGAAUGGCCUUACCGGGCUUUGUAUCGGGUGGGACAAUUGGUGGUGAUGUAUAUGCUGCAACCAUAAACAGUAGUACAAGUACUGUUUGUGCAUCAAAAACCUCUGAGGCCGCGAAACCAUCAGGGUCUGAAAGUUCCAGAGACAAGGGUAGAGAAAGACGGAGGCCUUCAGGGUGGGAUCGCUAGUGCAGUGCAGUAUAUGAGGAGGUGCCUGCCAGACAAUGAAUGGUACGAUUCUGGAGGUUGUGUUUGUUUGAAUUAUAUUGGUGAGAUGAUGAGAAAAAGAGAGAGAGAGAGAAGAGUACUCAACUCAUUCACCAUGGCUGUGGCUGGCCUGUGAUGAAAAUGAUGUGAUCCACCAAUGGUAUUGGUAAGGGCGUCUGCCUGUGUAUCUCUAGUGGCUGACUGACUCCACUCUAAUUUGAGAACGGAAUGCCUGCCUGCUGCCUUGUUUGUAUUCCUUUCAGUCUUCAAACUUCAUGAAAUUGUUACACUUUUUAUUAUACAUUUUGCCAUUUUUGUCCGGUCUCAUUA